AUGUAAACAGAACAAUUAUUACCAGAUCAUAUAAAUGAUGAAAUAUAUCGUACAUUAGAACACUUAUAUUUAAGACUAAAUGAAAUUGUUCGUAAAGCAGAAGAUGUCCUUGAUUUAUCUUAAUCUGUAAGUUUUUAAGCAACUCUCAAAAGACUCAAUACUGCUUCUAAAGGAGAAAAUUACUAAAAGGUUCCUAAAAAUUAUUUCCCUCCUCCUUCAGAUUAAGAGUCAUUUGAGAGAAAGUUUAAACUUCUUAGAAGAUGUGGACAUAUAUUAUCAGAUACUAUGUUGAAAGUAAGAACCUCUUUAAUUGAAUUACAUGAUGCUACUCGUAAAUAAAAAUAAGACAUAGUUAAAAUGAAAAAGGAUGAAUAUGCCAUUAAAAAUGAAAAACCUUAAUAUUCUUUAAAUUAAAUGUAGAAAAAUGGAAUCUAAUAAUAAAAGGUUCCUUAAACUAUUUUAUUAGAUGAAGAUGAUGAUAUUAUGAUUUUACCAAAAAUUGAAUUUGUCAUUGAACAACCACAAUUACUCAAUACAUCAAUUGCAUCAGAUCCUGUAUAUUAUAUAUCUUGUACUUGUUUACUAGAAAAUACACUUCAAUAAUAAAUUCCUGAAGAACUUAAAGUAUGUAUUGCUAUAGAAUCCUUAUAAUAUUAUGAUAAAUUCUAUUUAAAUUCUAAUAUCAUACAAGAAUGCAAGGCUGCAAAUAGAAUAUUAUUAUAAUUAAAUGGAGAUUCUAAUUGUAUUACUAGAAAUUGUAUUUUUUAUGAAAAAAUCUAUUUGAAUAUGAUUAAAUAGCCAAUUGUUCAAUUAAAUUUUGCUAGGAUUUAAAGAGGAGAACAAUUCUACUUUCCUCUUUUUUCUGAUAUAACAGAUUUAUUUAAUGAAUAAACCUUAUUUCUAUAUGGAAUCUAUUAAUUUAGUAGAUCAAUUGGGAAAGCUUCCUGUUAAAAGGUUGGCAAUAUUAAGUAUUUAAUGAAUCUAUUACAUACUCAAUCGACAUCAGGUCUUGUGAUUAAUGCAUUCAGUUCAUCUCUUGAUAAAAGUCAAUUUUUAAUAGAUUUAUUGACAGCUAUGAUUAAUCUAAAUGGAAAAGAAAUUGUAAUUGGACUUAAUAAACUUACAUUUCCAGAAUGUUAAAGGAAUCCUAGAAUUGUUUUAGUUCGAUAUACACAUAAAUUAAGUUAAUAAGAUAAAGAAUUAUUAGAAUAGAAUUUAAAUGAUGGUAUUGAUGGAGGAUAUAGAAUUAAUGAAUCAAGUUGUAAAUUAAAGAGAACUAUCAUUAUAUUUAGCAAAGAGAAAUUAUUCAUUCCAGAAAUAGGUAGAAACUUGAAGCAUUGGGAAAUUCCAAUUGAUUUUCUUAGAUAAUAAUGUGAAGCUUAUCAUUAUCAAUAUCUAAUUCAUUAUAUUGAUUAAGUAGUUAAAUGUAAAAUUGAAGAUAGAUUAGCUAAAUUUUUUACUGUUCUAAUCACUCUUAUCAAUCAUAAGAUUAAUAAUAUUAAAGAAUUUAAUCAAUAAAUUAUAAGAGAUUUUGAUUAUUUUAUUAAGAAUCGAAACUAUGUUAAUUACUUUAGUUUGAAGACAUAUCACAAAAUAACUCAUAUUGAAAAUUACUUACAAGAGUCUUUGAAAUCCUAAAAAUUGAUUUGUUAUAGCAAAGAUAUUAUAAGAUUAUUAGGUAUUGAAGAAGAAUGA